GGAAUUCCCAAAUAAACAGAACCAUACGGCGACCUCCUGCAGUGAAACAGGAACGAGUGCAAUGCUGCCCAGGGGGAGAGCUGUGUAACCCAGGCACCAGUGUUCAGCAGUUAAAUCCGCUUCAGGUCACAAGAUUCCCUGAGGAAGUGACAUCUGCCCUGCAGCCAGCUUCAGAGAGGGGUCAGAGGACAGAGUUGACGACCUUCCCCAGGGGUGAGAAUGAUCGACCUGCCGAUGGGAUUGGGCGCUGAUUUGGAUGGACAGGAGGAUCGGCUUCCUGCAGUGACCGGAUCCCGGGAGACAGCAUCAACCGACUGUAGAUCCAUCGCCAGUGUUUCAGUGUCGAGCGACGAUGAUGAAAUCUCUCGGAAUGGGGACAAGAACAUCAAAAACAUAUUGAAUGGCGCGUCCGAUAGAAUUAGCGAGGUACAGCAUUAUCCCUCUCUGUCUCUCUGUAGAGAGUUCCAGCAUUUUGACCCAGCGACAGUGAAGGAACGGCCGAUAGAUUUCCAAGUCAGGAUGGACCUGCCCCCCUCGGGGACGGACACCAGCCGGCUAGACAGUAGCCCGUACCAGACGGCGUCCUGGAAGACUCAGACGAGUCUGUAUCUGAGAGACCUGGAGCGGCAGAAGGAAGAUCUCAACCAGGAGAUGGAGAUGGAACUCGCUCUUGUCCAGGGCGAGCUCGAGGCUGAGCGGAAGGAGCUGGAGAGAGAGCAGCAGAUCGAGCAGGAGCUUCAUACCCACAUUGCAGGCCUCAGCCAGAAACUGCAGGCCGAGAAAAACAAGGAAAAGGCAAAGGUGGAGAGCGCGAGACAGAAGAUGGAGGAGGCCCGAAUUCGCCUCCGAGCUUCACAGCGACGGUUUGAGGAUCAGCCAGAAUCUGCCAAGGAGCAGCUGAGGGAGCGACUGCAAGAGGAGAUGGAAACUCUGGAUUUGGCCCAGAGGAGUUUUGAGGACCUGGAGUUUCAGUGGCUGGAGAAGGUGAGCAGUCUGGAGGAGGAGAGGGAGACACAGAGCCUGCGACUCAACCGUGACCUGACGCAGAGCAGGAGACAACAGGCCGACAGGAAGGAGCGAGUGAGGCGGCUAGAGGAGCAGACGGCCCAGAUUAAGGAGCAGGCCCAGAGCGAGAGUUGGCGGCUGACUCAGCGCUGGGAAGAGGCACUCACGGCCUUCAGUUCGGAAGAAGGAACGGUUUGCUCUUUGGGCAAGUUGAAUUCCGCAGGAGGUCGUUCCGGAAUGUUCCCGAAUGGAAACGAGAGGAUGAAGCAGGCUCUGGAUUUUGUGAGGAAGACAGGACAGGUGUUAGCGGCCAGGCCAUGCUGUGACCUCUGCGGCUCCACACCAUGUGUGCUCUCUCUUACCCAGAUCUCUGCAAGCAACGCUUUCCUCAGGGAUCCCUCUCUUUACGGGAAUAGUUUUGGAACUUUACCACGGAGGCGGCCUCAGUGUCCCAGGAACAAGGAUUCGGAAAGACCCAUCUCCCUGCAUGAGAAAGGCCUCACCCUCGCCCCCGUGCAGCUCCUGUCCCUGGUCGCCCUCCAUCGGAGCAACAGCUUCGGAACACGCAAGCACGCCCUCUCCUGCCCCCCGCCCUCACCCCGGAACACCACACCGCCAGGGCCGGAGAGUGAACAUGGCCGCCAGCGAGCUCAGACCGGGGGCAGCGUCACCCUCUCUCGGACAGCCAGCCUCCGCAGUAAUGGGUGUUCACUGCAGACACUGGCUGAAAUGGAGAAGAAGCUGAGGGAAGCCAUGGAGGUGAGAGAGCGACUCCUGCAGGCCAGGGAAGCCCAAAGGAAAGCAGCAGAGGAGGCCCGAAAAGAAGACAAGGUGUCGAACGGCGAGCGAGGGAUAGGCGAUGACCAGCCUCAGCCCGCAGCAGUCCCCGUUCACUCAGGGAAAGCCCUCAGCACUCAACGGGCGCCAAUCAUUCAGGCAACCUUUAACCUCCGCUCCCACGUAGAAGCUUCCGGGCACGGGGUGGAGGCAUGCCGCCAUCUGACGCUGACGAGCAGGGUGUGCCAGGGCUUUCUGACCAAGAUGGGCGGCCGCAUUAAGACCUGGAGAAAAAGGUGGUUCGUUUUUGACAGUGUCAAGAGGCGGUUGGCGUAUUUUGCAGGCAAAGAUGAGACCAAGCUGAAAGGAGUCAUUUACUUCCAGGCCAUUGAGGAAGUUUAUUUUGACCAUUUGCGGAAUGCCCCUAAGAGUCCGAACCCACCUUUGACCUUCUGCUUGAAGACCUAUGACAGACUCUUCUAUAUGGUCGCUCCGACAGACGUCUCCUUGCGCAUCUGGAUGGAAGUUAUCCUCACGGCUGUAGAGCCGCACAUUCCGUUUUGAAGGGCUUGCUGUCAUCUCGGGUAAUGACUCUCCAUCUCUGGCAUUACCCGACACUCCAACCCACCUCGCCCGACAAGGCCCGCUCAAUACCAACCACAGCAAAUCUUCAGAUUGGAGCCAGUCUUUUUUUUUAAAACACCUUUUGUGCAUUUUUUAAUGACUAUGGAUCUAUUCAAAAGGUUUUAUAAAUCCCUAUCUAGGCCUGUUCAGAUGUUUCCAGAAGUUCCUUAAGGAAUGCUGCUGCUUUCAAGUGCUGAUAUUAAUGGGAAUUGGGUGCAGGUACACUCAAGAUGGUGGCUUGGAGGCAUUGGUGCCCAUAUUAGAGCUGGUACACUCAAUAUGGUGGCCUCAGCUCCAUUUGUGCUGAUAAGUAGAGCUGGUACACUCAAGAUGGUGGCUUCGAAGGCACUUUUACACACUUUAGAACUGGUACACCCAAGAUGGUGUCUUUGUAGGCACCAGGGCCCCAUAUAAGAUCUGGUACACUCAAGAUGGCUGCCUCAGCUCCGUUUGUGCCCAUAUUAGAGCUGAUACACUCAAGAUGGUGACUUCGAAGGCACAUAUUACACAUGGUGGCUUCGGAAGAACUAGGGCCCAUAUAGGAGCUGGUACACUCAAGAUGGUGGCUGCCUUGUUGCACAGCUGCUGGUACGCUCAAGAUGGCAGUUCCAGGGCUCAAUGUGAAAUUGUGAGGACCAUCGCCAAUCGUUCAUGUGCUGCAUCAAAUUGAUCCAACAAACUUCCAGGUUGAGAUAAAGCUCUGACGUCAAUGUAAUUCUGAGUCCUUUCAACUCCCUCUUUGAAGGUGUUGUGAGGUUUGAGGGAGGAAAGUUAUUUUAAAUUUAAUUGUGAAUUUAUUUUGCUGAAGAACGUUUGUGCUGACUGACUUCUGUUUCCCCUGUCUGCCAACAGGCAACCUGAAUGUAGUAACUGCCCGGUUGCACAUAUUACCGUUACACUCCUGUCCAAUUAUAUAUAGGGUUGGUGGUGGCUGUUGCAUUUUGCUUGAGCAAAUUCUGUGUAAAUCAACACAAGGGACUUUUGCUGUGGAAAUACACCCAGUGGCAGUUACGAAGAAACAUAAACUGUACCUGCCCCGGGAAUGUUUAACCAGACAGUGUAGAGGGAGAUUUACUCUGUAUCUAACCCCGUGCUGUACCUGCCCUGGGAGUGUUUGAUGGGGAUGGUGUAGAGGGAGCUUUACUCUGUAUCUAACCCCAUGCUGCGCCUGUCCUGGGAGAGUUUGAUGGGGACGGUUUAGAGGGAGCUUUACUCUGUAUCUAACCCCGUGCUGUACCUGUCCUGGGAGUGUCUGAUGGGGACAGUGUAGAGGGAACUUGUCCUGGCUGUGGACACUACCCUCUGGUAGGACCUUAUCCACGUUUGCUUUGGUGAUGAAUGGACUCUUCCCUGGAGCACAAUCUGAUCCAAUGGGUCUUCCCACUCUAAAUUGCAGUCGGACAACUUUGAGCCUGGUAUCCUCGUGUCCUUUGUAAAGACCUGGAACCGGACCUCGUGCUUUGAACUGUGGUGGGGGUGGAGUUCGGCUCACAGACCCCACCUUUCACACACUGGGAAGAUGCUACCCACUUCAGCUUGAGGUGAAAGCUGUACCUAUUGAAGAGCAAUUAUACGCUCGCGUGAGAGGGUUAUUCAAAGAGUUUGCUGAUGUAUCCUUUGAAAUUUGUACUGUAAAUUAUGUGAUCGAUGUUAAUUUUUAAUAUAUUUAAGAUUAUCAACA